UGUUCGUAGUUGUUAUGUCUCUACUAUUUCUGCGAAGUUAGCUUUCAAAGGAUAUUAGCUCAUUGGAAAGGAGAGCUACGCUUGUUUCAGAUCGUAAACAGAGACCCUGGCUAAUAAUAGUCUGCUUCUGCUAAGACAAGUUCAGCGGAUAGUUUGGCAAUUUGAGAAGUUCAUGUUCUUCUUAAUGUUAUCUGAGUUUUCUGCUAACGUCACAAAACGUCAAUAUUCUUUCAUGUAAUUCUAGAUAGUAAUCCGAGAUGAGCAUUGUUGUCAUGAAAGUGCUUUACAGUGAAUACGAUCAGACAGGAAGUAAAAGUCAGAUACGUGAUCCUUUUAUAGACGAAAACAAAGGUGAAGUAUUGACAGCAACAUGUCAGUUUACACACUUAUAUGCCUUAACUGAUGAUGUUUUUUAACUCAAACACAUUGUCAAACAAUAAUGAGGAUUUUUGAAAUCUGACAAAGAUGUGAACUAGAACUUUGUUUUCCACUUUAUUAAACAACUUAUCAAAUAUACCAGAAAAAGGCACAUCAUACACAAGUGAUCAAUUACGGAUUAAGGUGUGUCAAAAUUGGUGAAAUUGUUGGGCUUUUUUACUUUUACAACGUUUAAUCCCACACAAAAACAGUUAUUCAGAAGGCAUACAAAUUCCCCUUUCUCCUGCUGAAGUUAGGAAGCGUAUAAGGUAGUAGGCACAGGGAUAAUAUCUAAACCAGUUGUUUAAUAGCUAAGCUGCUUAGUGUUUUAACCCACAGACCAUGGCUGCCCCUGACUCUGUUAAAGCCUUCAGCCCAGAGAAGGCUCAGCAGAUUCUGCGUCACCUGCAGCAGCCAGCAGUGUACGACAUGACCGACGGCUGGCCGGCUCUGCGCUGGACUGCAGAGCACCUGUCCGGCUGCCUCCACAAACUCAUCCGAUUCAGACUGGGGAGAAAAGAGGAGACAAACACGCCUCUGUUUGAAACCCAGUGUUCCUACGUGGAGGCAACACUGGAGCACUUCCUCAGCUGGACCCGGGGCCAGGCGGAGGGUGAUGUAGGGCCUCUCUGUGAAUACCCCAAAUCAGAUUAUUGGGCCUACGCUGACUACAAAUACAUCGCCUUAUUGUUUCAAGAUCAGCCUGCCAUGUUUGAGGACGUACAGUGGUCCGAGUUUGGUUUCGAGGGACGUAAUGGGAGGGAGAGCACUGUGUGGAUCGGCACAGAGGGGGCCAACACGCCGUGCCACCAGGACUCCUACGGCUGUAACCUGGUGCUGCAGGUACAAGGACGGAAGCGCUGGCACAUCUUUCCUCCGCGGGACACCGUCCACCUUUACCCCACCAGGAUCCCCUAUGAGGAGUCCAGCGUCUUCAGCCAGGUGGAUGUCCUCCGCCCGGACCUGAGGAGGUUCCCUGCGUUUCACAGAGCCGGGGCCCACAUUGUCACUCUGCAGCCCGGGCAGGUGCUUUAUGUCCCCCGACACUGGUGGCACUAUGUGGAGUCUUUGGAUCCCAUCACUGUCAGCAUCAACUCCUGGAUCGAGAUGGACGAGGACGAUGUGGCGAGAGUUGGUGAAGCUGUGACCAAGGCUGUCGUCUGUGCGUUUAAACGUGAUGAAGACCCGGAGGACUGGCUCAAUCCCACCGAGGAAGGCGUAGCGUCCCAUGAUGAGAACAUGCAGUGUGUGAACCUGGCAGUGAGAGCUUGUGCUCAAAGACAAGGAGGCUCCUGCCACAGAAAAGCGACCCAGGACCCAAGAGACAGCCGCACAUUAAAGCGUGACUCCAGUGGACAAAUCAGGAGAAACAGCAAUUUGUUCUCAGAUUCUGCACCUUUCAGUAUUCCCUUCGGACCACAUCUCAUCCCCGUGUGCUGUCAGCAAGAGUAUUCUCUGGAAACCGAGAAACAUUUGGAGGUCAAACCUUCCCGAAACUCUGAAGUCAAAUCUCCGGAGGCCUGCACCGUCAGCUCAGAUGCAGCACAGAGGACAGCCGCUGUCAGAGUGCAGCAGGACAAACAUGAAUGUAGCGAUGGUUCAAAUCAAAGUACACCGCGUGACGGUGCAGUUUUGACAUCACAUAUCUCUUCAGAGGAUUAUGAGGAACCUGUGCACAGAACAAUAACCACUAAUGACCUUUUGGACUGCCUGCUGCAUCCUGAUAUCAUCGCCCGUGUCGCUGAGCUCUUACUGGAGCGGCAAACAGAUAGUCACAGAGACACGCACCGUCCCAGCUUUAAUAUUUACUGUAAAACAUUUUAUAUACGAUUUUCAUUACAGCUGUAAUGUUUGGCUGUAAUGAAAAUCGUAUGCUCUUUGCAUAAUGAUGGUGCUGCAGGAACGAGUCCUAAAAAGUCGGCAUUUUUGCAUUGCUGUUUCACUCUAUUGGUUUUGCUUCGAAACAAGAGCUGUGGUUAACACAAGCCGAAGAGAUUUUCAUGUUGUCUUUUACCAAAUAAAAUAUGUCAAUGUUU